CAACUGCGCCAGCAUGCCGCGGUGCCUCAUGGCCAAGAAAUGGAAGGCCUAUCCGUGGCCGGAUCGCGUCGAGGACCCGCAGGAGGAGCAGGCCGAUCCCACGGGUCUCGUGCAGGAACACACGCAGGAGAACCAUGAGAUUCAGACGAGUGCCUCCUUGGAGAAGAGGCAGCACAGGCAUGAACCGGAGGACGAGGAGAUCGACGUCGUCGGGGACACCGACAGCAGACAGGUCGACCAUCAGCAGACCUGUUGGGGACCUCACAGUCCUACCGCAGGUGCAACUGCACCCAGUCCGCCACCGCUCAACGCCUCCGGUGCUCUCUACUAUCAUGGUUACACGCACGAGUCAUGGAUCAACCACGAGGAGCCACCGAAGUACGCGACCCUGCGCUCGGCAGCGGAGCUGGCCCAGCCGGUGGUACCGUCGCCGCCCCCGCCAGCUGCGCCCCAAGAGUUGCCAGCGGUGGUGAACAGUUCCAGCCUACACCAGCAACACCAAGCCCCGACGACGACGCCCUCGUCCUCCGCGUCGUUGACCCUGCCGCCCAGGAAGAGCCUGUCCAUGUGCUUUACCAGCACGGGCACGGCGCUCUCUCUACCGCCCAAGAAGAAGGACAUCUAUCGGCCUUACAGCCUCCAGCCGACCUCGGAGAUCCGUACAGCAGCCGAAGAGGACUUGUCGGCAGCCCAGGCGAUCCUCGACCUCAGCGCGUCCCCAGCUGCGCCCACGCACUCGGUGUUCAUUCACACUUUGUCACCGCCGCCGCCGCCGCCUCAGCAAACAGCCCCGAGCGUCGCGGCGGCUAGUCAGCUGCAGUCGGCGCAGCUGCAAUCGGUGCCUACCGCCCAGCCCAUACCUGUAUCUGUGUUGGUCCCCGUGCCCAGCUCCCAGAAUAGUCAGUUGCGACAACAGGAGCAGUCCCAGCAACCCCAAUCGCCGGCCACUGCCGAGGCCAACGCGAACAACGCCAGCGGCAGGGACGGCGCCAACGGCAGCACGAAGACGGUCGCCUACACGUACGAGGCGUUCUUCGUGUCCGAUGGCCGGUCGAAGCGUCGCAGCAGCAGCACGAACGGCGCCGCGGUGCCCGAGAAGGAGGCCACCCAGCCCGACAGGCCCAAGUUCACCUGCACCGAGUGCGGCAAGCAGUAUGCCACCUCGUCGAACCUGUCCAGACACAAGCAAACGCACCGCAGCCUCGACUCUCAAUCGGCGAAGAAGUGCAUCCACUGCGGGAAGGCGUACGUCAGCAUGCCCGCCCUGGCGAUGCACGUGCUCACCCACAAACUAGCCCACAGUUGCGGGGUCUGCGGCAAGAUGUUCUCGCGGCCUUGGCUGCUCCAAGGUCACCUGAGGAGCCACACGGGCGAGAAGCCUUACGGCUGCGCGCACUGCGGCAAAGCGUUCGCCGAUCGCUCGAAUCUGCGCGCCCACAUGCAGACCCACUCGGCCGACAAGAACUACGAGUGCUCCCGUUGCCACAAGACCUUCGCGCUCAAGUCCUACCUGAACAAGCACCUGGAGUCCGCCUGUCUGCGCGACGACGAGACGCCUCAGCAGCAACCAGUCGCUGUUGUCGCCAACAACGCGACGCCCCACCAGCAGUCAGGAAACCGCGAUUUGUAGCAGCGCUUCGACGACGCGAAGACGACGACCAGGCGUCCCGACGCCCUCGCCGAGAUGAUUAGGGAGAGCUAGCGGUCGUUCCCGGCGACGCCAGGCUAACCGGGGACGGGACGGGAUUUGGCGAUGGUGGAUGAUGCGAAAACUGAGAGGGAAAGGGAGAGAAAAAAAGGUUUGCAGUAGGUUUUAAGUAGAAAAGUGCCAGUAGAGAAUGGGAGUAGGUAGAGAGGUGUUAACCGGUAAGAUAAGACAAAUGGUAGACGAGGAACGACGAUGAGAAGAGAGAGAGAGAGAGAGAGAGAGAGAGAGAGAGAGAGAGAGAGGAGGAGGUAUCGGUUUCUUAAAUAAUGUCUAACAUUAAUAAAAACGUCCAGUAAUGUUUAAGUCUUACAAAAGAUUAAAAAAAAAAUUGACGACGAAGAUGAUGAACAAAAUACGCAAAACGAGAGUGUAACGAGAACAAAAAAAAAAAUAA